CAACACCAGGCGUAGUUGUUUCCUCAGACUGCAGCUGUCACAAUUGAUAAUUUUCAUCUCCUACUCGUGGUGGACGUAGUGCUAUUUCAAUUUUUCGCGUUCCGAUUCCAACCAGCGUCAAGAAGUAGUCGAGCGUUUGCGACUUUAAAAAUCGGCUUCUAUUUCUGCAUCAUCUUUGCGCAGAAGCAAACUAACAUAAGUGGUCUAAGCAUGGCCUGUUGUGGCACCGACGGUCGGAAAGAAAAGGUACAGGAUGUCUCGUACCCUGGCCCGAUUCAGCCGACCGCAACCGUGUCCCUACCGCCACAAGAUCUGCGCGCAACCCCCUCGGCCGAGCAGGAGCGUGACUUUGUACGCAUUUUCCAGCAGCAAGGUAUCUACCUGCUGAACGAAGAAGAGGUCGAUCCGGUCUUGCUGCAGCACGACAAGAAAGUGCAAGACCCGGACGAUAUCAUCGAAAACUUUCUGGGUCUCCUGCGGGACCACGACCCUGCACGAAAUCUGAAAGGUACACUAGUAGAACGAAGCACUGGAAAAUAGCAAUAGUUGUUAUUCUUCUUGGAGCACUGGACAAUAGCAAUAGUGGAGAAAGAAAAAUUCCCAUCUGUAAACUUUUCGAUAUCAGACUUCACCGACGAAGAGCUUCGGAGAUACGUCGCAAAGCACAUUUCGGUGUCCGAAAGCUUUGACUUCUGCAUGCGCGAACAACUUGCUCCGCUUUUUUUGCAGCCCGUGUACCUGGUCCUCCUUACGCCACAACAUUCAGCACCGGGCGCAGGUACGUAGUAGUAAUAGUGAAAGUGAAAGAGGACAAGGAAGACAAUGACAAAAAGCCGCUUUCGAAUUGUACCAAGAGGCGAAAUUGCAUAUUUUACUGUUAGUUUGUUUUUUCUUUUCAAAAUGUUUCUGUGUCCAUUUCGCGUCAGGGCUUCGGGCUGUCACAAGAAUGGCGUGCGAUUACAUUCAAACCGACGCAUUCUCAUUCAUCAUGCACAAGGUAUUGUCGUCGUCAUCUAUGGGUUUGUCGCAGAGGCAGCGAAGGGGCAUCUGCAAGUCGUGGGUGACCGACCGGAAACGAAACGCACUCCUUGGAUUGCACGGCUGGAACUCAACCUGCGUGACUCCACGCUAACGCACACGGUGUUCCCGCAGAACCGUUCCGCUGCGUUCACGGACUCCAACAGUUUCAUGAUGAAAGACCUCGACGCACUGCGUGCGAAAUACUUUCGCUCGAGUCCAACCAGCUGA